UUCCAUUCCUGGUGGAUUUGAAGAGGGGAGUUUCCUCCCGCCUCUUUGAAACUCUUUUUCUGGAUUUGAUGAGCUUAUGGAUAUUGCCAGAGUUUAAGGCAGUGGAUUUUAGUCCCAGCCUUGCAGCUUACACACACACCUGGUUGCUCCCCAGAUUUCUGGAGAUUCUCAAUCUGUGUGGACACUGCAAGAGACUUGCUCCUGAAUAUGAAGCUGCAGCUACCAGAUUAAAAGGAAUAGUCCCAUUAGCAAAGGUUGAUUGCACUGCCAACACUAACACCUGUAAUAAAUACGGUGUCAGUGGAUAUCCAACCCUGAAGAUAUUUAGAGAUGGUGAAGAAGCAGGUGCUUAUGAUGGACCUAGGACUGCUGAUGGAAUUGUCAGCCACCUGAAGAAGCAGGCAGGACCAGCUUCAGUGCCUCUCAGGACUGAGGAAGAAUUUAAGAAAUUCAUUAGUGAUAAAGAUGCGUCUGUAGUAGGUUUUUUCGAUGAUUUAUUCAGUGAAGCUCACUCUGAGUUCCUAAAAGCAGCCAGCAACUUGAGGGAUAACUACCGAUUUGCACAUACGAAUGUUAAGUCUCUGGUGAACGAGUAUGAUGAUAAUGGAGAGGGUAUCAUCUUAUUUCGUCCUUCACAUCUGACUAACAAGUUUGAGGACAAGACUGUGGCAUAUACAGAGCAAAAAAUGACCAGUGGCAAAAUUAAAAAGUUCAUCCAGGAAAACAUUUUCGGUAUCUGCCCUCACAUGACAGAAGACAAUAAAGAUUUGAUACAGGGCAAGGACUUACUUAUUGCUUACUAUGAUGUGGACUAUGAAAAGAAUGCUAAAGGUUCCAACUACUGGAGAAACAGGGUAAUGAUGGUGGCAAAGAAAUUUCUGGAUGCUGGGCACAAACUCAACUUUGCUGUAGCUAGCCGCAAAACCUUUAGCCAUGAACUUUCUGAUUUUGGCUUGGAGAGCACUGCUGGAGAGAUUCCUGUUGUUGCUAUCAGAACUGCUAAAGGAGAGAAGUUUGUCAUGCAGGAGGAGUUCUCGCGUGAUGGGAAGGCUCUGGAGAGGUUCCUGCAGGAUUACUUUGAUGGCAAUCUGAAGAGAUACCUGAAGUCUGAACCUAUCCCAGAGAGCAAUGAUGGGCCUGUAAAGGUAGUGGUAGCAGAGAAUUUUGAUGAAAUAGUGAAUAAUGAAAAUAAAGAUGUACUGAUUGAAUUUUAUGCUCCUUGGUGUGGUCACUGUAAGAAUCUGGAGCCCAAGUAUAAAGAACUUGGAGAGAAGCUCAGCAAAGACCCAAAUAUCGUCAUAGCCAAGAUGGAUGCCACAGCCAAUGAUGUGCCUUCUCCAUAUGAAGUCAGAGGUUUUCCUACCAUAUACUUCUCUCCAGCCAACAAGAAGCUAAAUCCAAAGAAAUAUGAAGGUGGCCGUGAAUUAAGUGAUUUUAUUAGCUAUCUACAACGAGAAGCUACAAACCCCCCUGUAAUUCAAGAAGAAAAACCCAAGAAGAAGAAGAAGGCACAGGAGGAUCUCUAAAGCAGUAGCCAAACGCCACUUUGUAAAAGGACUCUUCCACCAGAGAUGGGAAAACCAUUAGGGAGGACUGGGACCCAUAUGGGAAUUAUUACCUCUCAGGGCUGAGAGGACAGAAUGGAUAUAAUCUGAAUCCUGUUAAAUUUUCUCUAAACUGUUUCUUAGCUGCACUGUUUAUGGAAAUACCAGGACCAGUUUAUGUUUGUGGUUUUGGGAAAAAUUAUUUGUGUUGGGGGGAAUGUUUUGGGGGUGGGGUUGAGUUGGGGGUAUUUUCUAAUUUUUUUUGUACAUUUGGAACAGUGACAAUAAAUGAGACCCCUUUAAACUGUC